AUGCUCUUGGAUGAGGUUGAAGCUUUUUUAAAUGUCCGUUAUGUUGGCUCAACUGAAGCUCUGUGGCGUAUUUAUGAAUUCCCUAUGCACUAUCAGUCACAUACUAUAAUUAGAUUGGAUAUUCAUUUGGAUCGUCAGCAAACAGUUAUUUUUAGAGAGGGCGAGGAGCGUCAAGCUAUUGAUAACAUUAGACUAACAAAACUGUUAGCAUUUUUUGAAUUAAAUCGGAUAGACCCAUCUGCAAACCAAUACACUUAUUGUGAAGUUCCUUCGCAUUAUGUGUGGAAUGAUGCACGGAAAAAAUGGCAGAGAAGGCAAAGAGGUGGUGAUAAAAUUAUCUCACGUAUGUAUAGUGUUUCACCGAAAAACCCUGAACUUUUUCAUUUGCGUUUGCUGUUGCUUCACGUAUGUGGUCCGAAAUCAUAUGAAGAUAUUCGAACGUACAACAGGGUUUUGUAUAGCACGUUUGUAGCUGCAUGUCAUGCUCGCGGUAUCGCUUCGAACGACAACGAGUGGCGGGAAUGCUUAAACGAAGCGAAGGAAUUCCAUUCUCCAAAACAAAUGCGUCAAUUAUUUGGAAUUAUCUGUGCUAUGAAUGUGCCAACAAAUGCAUUAGAACUUUGGAAUGAAUUUAAAGAAUUUCUAUGUGAAGAUUUUUUAAGAAGUGACAAUCAUGAAGAGAUUGCUUUUAACCGGGCAUUACUUGAAAUAGAACAAAUAUUGGAAACUCACAACCUCACAUGCCACGCAAUCGGCUUGCCGAAUCCUACAGUUUUCCCAGAAAUUAUUUCAGCAAAUGUGAUUGAUCCUUUUGAAAGUCAAGUUUUAUUCAACGAGUUUUAUGAAAUUGCAGAAAUUAUUUCAGCAAAUGUGAUUGAUCCUUUUGAAAGUCAAGUUUUAUUCAACGAGUUUUAUGAAAUUGCAAAUCUAGAGCAAAGGCAUAUUAUAGACCAAGUAAUUAGAGAAGUGCAAUAUCACGAUACUGGAUCCAAUGUAUUUUGUCUAACAGCUCAUGCUGGUUGUGGAAAGACAUUCGUUCAAACAGCAAUUAUUCACAAGAUGAAUUCACUUAAUUUACGUUGUAUUGCAUCGGCUUAUAGUGGUAUUGCUUCAAUAUUAUUGAUUGGGGGAAAAACAUUACAUAAUGUAUUUAAGAUACCAGUUCCGCUAUUAGAUACGUCUGUUUCUGGCGUUACUCCCAAUAGUAGUCAAGGUCAAUACAUAAACUCAUCUUCAUUAAUUAUUAUUGAUGAAGUUUCCAUGUGUCCGCUUUUAUUAUUAAAAGUAAUUGAUAGAUUAUUAAGGGAUAUAUCAACGGAUGGAAAUAGUAAAAAUAAAGUAUUUGCUGGGAAAACAAUAUUUCUUUGCGGUGAUUUCAGACAAAUUCUUCCAGUUGUUCCACGCGGAUCCCGUGCAACGUUAGUAGAGAACUGCAUUGUCAGUUGGGAAAACUAUUCUUCAUUUCAUCACGUGUCUUUGCAACAAAAUAUGAGAACAUUGCCAAAUGAAAUUGAAUUUACUGAAUUUUUGAAGGCGGCUGGAAAUGAUCAAUUGAAAAAAUAUCCCCAGUAUGGUGACAGUAUAAUUGAGAUACCAAAUCGAUUAAUUGGUCAAAAAAGCAACAUAAUUGCAGAUGUAUACGGAGACAUAUCAGAAAAUAUCCUCUCAAAUCGAAUGCUAAAUUCCGUUAUAUUAGCUCCAACUAAUGACGCUUGCUCUAUGGUGAAUAAUGAUGUAAUUAAUCGCAUUCCCGGCGAACAAAAAGUAUAUCAUAGUUAUGAUCAAAUUAUUUCUGAAAACCAGAAUGAAAAUAACAAUUAUCCGGUUGAGUUUUUAAACUCCUUAAAUUUAAGUGGUUUGCCGCCUCACAAAGCUCAAGCUGGAGUGCAAGCGAGCAAGUCAUCAAUACGCAGAGUAAUUAAGAGCUGUGAGUAUCUUAAAUACCUGAAAUUACAAAAAAAGCCGCCACUUAAUGCUCCUCGUAAGGAAAAGCGGCUUCAAUUCGCAAGAGACUACAUGGUAUGGGAUGUGCAGCAAAGAGGUCAUGUAAAUGACUGGAGAACCGUUGUAUUUACGGAUGAGAAGAAGUUUAAUUUGGAUGGGCUUGAUGGCUACAACUAUUAUUUCCAUGAUUUGCGCAAAGAAAAGCGAUUUUUGAACCGACAUCACAGCCGAGAGGGCGGCGUUAUGGUGUGGGGUGCUAUUACGUACUAUGGCACCAUUGAUCUUGAAUUUCAAAGUGCAAAAAUGACUGGUGCAAGCUAUAAAACGUUAUUGGAAUCAGCUUUUCCGAAGUUCAGUGAACUAUUUGGUCCCAUAUCUUGGAUAUUGCAACAGGAUAAUGCCCCUAUACACACCGCCAGAGUAGUAAAGGAGUUCAUUGCAAGCCAAAAAUGUUAA